CUAUUUCACAACCAUAAGCUACUCGCUAGAUGCCGAGAGACUAUGGAUAAUGUUGAUGCAUUUUUCAAUUAUUAAGCUACGUAACAAGUUGAGAAUGCAUUUGAAAUUUCCAUAAGUCCGUCCCUCUUCAGAAAAACCAAUCCAUUUAGGCUGAGAAGUUUUAAUGCAUCCCGUGGUAUUGUCCAGUCAUAUUUAGCCUGCCAUCGAUUCAUAAAAGUUGAAGAUGUGCGAGAAUGAAUCGAAAGCUAUUUCAACUCCAUAAGCUAUCCGCUAAAUGGCGAAAGACCUGUAGAUGAUGUCGACGAAUAUUUCGUUUCGUCCUAAAUUGAAUUUGAUAAAAAAGCGUAAGAAAUUUAUUUAUACACCUAUUAAUACAACACAAUCUUGCGUUGAUCUAUAUAAAAUUAACUCAACACUUUCUAUGAUAAUUCCCUUUAAUUUUACGUGAUCGUCUUCAGCUAGCCGAAAAGCAAUAAAAUCUAGUACGUGAUCCCCUAAAAAAAAAACAAAAAAAAAUCAUAACAAAAAUAAAUGCUUGAAAAUAUCAACACUCGCACAUUUAGCUAAUAAAUUUUUCCCAACAUCUUCGUGUACUCAUUAUAUACGUAACUCUUUUAAAUUAAAUGCAGAAAAAAAAGAAAAAAAAAAAAAAGAUGUGGCGCAAAAAUAUUCGAAAGUAUUUGUGUUUUCCAUGCAAUUUCAUGAUGUCAUACAUAUAUAUAAAAAAUAAAAAAAAAAAAUAUUUUCUCCCAAGAAUGCUUUAAUAUUUAUAAACUUAAAUUAAUUACAAAAAGUUGCAGUGAAAUUUUUUUUGAAGCGAUAUGACAACAACUCGUACCUAUUACGAUAUCUUAAAUGCCAGUCCGAACUCAACUAUCGAUGAGCUGAAGACAAAUUAUAAACAAUUAAUACUUCAAUAUCAUCCCGAUAAGUUAAUCCAACAUCAGCAGGAAGAUGAUUUAGUUGUCUUGGAUAAUAUUGCAAAUGAACGAUCUACGAAAGAAUUUGUAGACAUAACUGAAGCAUGGAAUUGCCUUAAAGAUCCUAUCAAGCGUAAGGAAUAUGAUGCUCAAUUAAUGCUAAGUAAAUUUCAUACGCAUAACAAUACUUAUGCAACAAUUACAUUGAAUGAUAUGAAGAGAACUUAUCAUCAUAAAACGAGAAACAUUGACACGAACGACUUGUUAUUGCCUGAUGAUUAUUAUUGUAAUUAUUAUGCGUACGAUUGCCGUUGUGGUGGUCAGUAUAUUAUUGAUGAUGAUUCAGCUGAACAAUUCUUUCGCAAACAGAACAACGAUGACGCAGCUCCUCGCACACAGAAUAAUAAUGAUGAUGAUGCUGAUGAAGGCGGUGGUGGCAGUGGUGGCGGCUAUGCUGCUAAAAAUGAUGAUGAUAAUGAAGAAAUCGGUGAAUUGAUUGUCGAGUGCAAUGAAUGUUCUUUAGUGAUUAUAUUGAAUGGCUGAAACCGCAAACUUUAUAAAUAAAUAAAUAUAUGUGCGUCAAACAACAAUC